AUGACCAGCAGUACCACGUGGGCAUCGCUGCUGACCUCUGAGCGUCUUCGGGUAGUUCCUAUUUCCUCCAGCAGGGGGAGCCGUUGCCAUCAGUUUGGUGAGCGGACUGAGGGCUGCUCUGUUCCCGGCCGUUCUCCAAAGUUGUACAACCGUGACUUUCUGAAAGUUUGCCCACCAGCGGCAACGAGGUGCAGCCCCGAGGACCGAACCCGCGCACUGCCCGUCCGCCGAAGCUGCAUCGGAGUCGAGUGUCAUUAUGAGAUGUUGCCUCCCAGCUCGUCUUUCGUACAGAUCAAGUUCGAUGACAUCGUCUUCCACGAGAACUGUGGCGGCGGCAGCUUUGGAAGCGUGUACCGAGCCAGGUGGAUAUCCCAGGACAAAGAGGUGGCAGUGAAAAAAUUGCUCAAGAUUGAAAAUGAGGCUGAAAUCCUUAGUGUCCUCAGUCACCGCAACAUCAUCCAGUUUUAUGGCGCUGUGGUCGAGGCUCCCAACUAUGGAAUCGUCACCGAGUAUGCCAGUGGCGGCUCCCUGUAUGACUACCUGUCCAGCGACGAGAGUGAGGAGAUGGACAUGGGCCAGAUCAUGACCUGGGCGGCAGAGAUUGCCAGGGGGAUGCAUUAUUUGCAUUCAGAGGCCCCUGUGAAGGUGAUCCACAGAGAUUUAAAAUCCAGGAAUGUUGUUUUGACUGCAGAUAAAAUCCUUAAAAUAUGUGACUUUGGGGCGUCUAAGUUUCUGACACACACGACACACAUGUCCUUGGUGGGCACGUUUCCCUGGAUGGCACCCGAGGUGAUACAGAGUCUCCCUGUGUCUGAGACGUGUGACACCUUCUCCUAUGGAGUGGUGCUUUGGGAAAUGCUCACCCGUGAGAUACCUUUCCAUGGCCUGGAAGGCUUGCAGGUGGCUUGGCUCGUAGUGGAGAAAAAUGAGAGAUUAACCAUCCCCAGUGGUUGCCCGGCCAGCUUUGCAGAGCUCAUGAAGAAGUGCUGGGCAACAGAGGCAAAAGAAAGGCCACUGUUCAAGCAGAUCCUGAGCACUCUGGAGUCUAUGUCUAAAGACAGCCAACUUCCUCAACAGUGUAACUCUUUUCUCCACAACAAGGCUGAAUGGAGGUGUGAGAUUGAAGCCACACUGGAGAGGCUGAAGAAGCUGGAGAGAGACCUGAGCACCAAAGAGCAGGAGCUGAAGGAGCGAGAGAGGCGUCUCAAAGUGUGGGAGCGCAAGCUCAUAGAGCAGUCCAACAGCCCGCUGCUGCCCACCCUUGACAUAUAUACAUGGACAGAGGAGCAUGUGUAUUUCUGGAUGCAGCAGGUGUUUGGAACAGGACAUGGUACCUAUGACAUGGAGCUUUAUGCUGACCUCUUCAAAGAAAACCACAUCACUGGAAAGCGGUUACUGCUGCUCAAGGAGGACGACAUGCGGGACAUGGGGGUCAAGUCCAAAGGCCACGUCAUGCACCUUAAGGCUGAAAUCGAAAAGCUCGCCAAUGAAUACCUUGGCUUUGUCCACUUCCCACCACUGCUGAAGGAUGAGCUGGAAAAGGAGGUGGAGCAGAGCAAAACUGUUCAUUUGGAGCUGGUGUUUGGAUUUCACUGGAAACCAGGAACAGGAAAGUCUGACUGCAAAUGGAAAAUGUACGUGGAACUGGAUGGAGACGAUGUGGCCGUUACUUACAUCAAAGAUGUCAUCUUUAAUGCCAACCGACAGGACGUAGAAGUCCUGCGAAUGACUAAGCCUCCUUUUGUGAUGGAUAAAUGGAUCGUUGGAAUCCAACAGAAUCAGAGAGUUGACUACCUUGUCAACUAUGAGAAGGACGUCAAGUCACCAAAGUCUACGAAGCACAGCUGCCAGAUGCAGUGGAGUUCCAGCGGUGGACAAGACGAGAUCAGAACUGUGGAGCUGGUCAUUGAAACAGCAGAGGCCGACAUAGACUGGAAACCCAGACAGAGACCUCACACAGAUAUUGAUCCCAAAUGGAUGCACAAUGUAAGGCAGAGGCAGAUGAUGACCCAGAAAUCGGAGCAGAAGGCCGCUCCUCUGACCAGCUCUGAUGCCCGCACCCUGCCUCAGUUCCUGUCCGCACAUGAAAGCCAAGGGUUUUCUUACGCUGCAGCUGUGCGGCGAUCUCCAAACCGCCUCCAAGUAUCUCCCUGGAACGACUCUCGCAGCUCCUCGCCAACUGCCAGUCUGUCAGCCAGACUCUUGCCACUCAAUCUGGGGUCGAAGGGAAGCAGUCCCUCCAGCACCACGUCAGAGAGCACCUUGGAACGAGAGCGCCCACGCAGCGCCGCAGAGGCCGGUGACCACCGCAGAGGCAGCUACUUUGGCAACAUGUCAGCGGCGGGAAGCGGGCAGAGUAGGGAGCAGGCACGGACCAAUAACAGAGGAGCACAUGUGUAUAACAAAGCCUACAAAACAUCACGGCAGCCUGCGAGGCCAAGAUCCAACAGCUACAGUGUCACAGUACAGAGCCGCCCAUCUAUGAUACCAGGCAUCCUGUCGGUGACAGGAAACCCCAGUGAUGAAAAAGAGGGGGGCAAAGCCAGUGAGGGAGGGUGGAUCAAAGUGGAGCGUCAGAAAAGAGUACCGCGUCCGGACAACAAACAAGCAAGAGGACCCGCCAGCGGCGCGGGAAACGAACGCGUCGGGCUGCCUGCAGCUGCAGCUCAUGCUUUGUUCGCUGCACAGCGGCUGCGCGGAGAGUCCCAAAGUCCCGGUUUAGCUGCAGGUCUGAACAGCCAAAGUAUGCCUCUAACCCGCUCCAAGAAACUUGCUGCUCAGCCAGCAUCCACCAGGAUGAGUUUGAGGAGCUUCCGCAGGGUCCCCCUGGUUCCCAUGGAGACCUCAUCCUCCUCUUCUGAUGACAGCUGCGACAGCUUUGGCUCUGACGGGGGAUUUGCCCAGACGAGGAGCAGCUUAAGACAGACCAGGAGGGCCGCAGAGAAACCGAAGGCGCCCCAGGCCACAUCAGAAGAGGACUCGUGCACCGGGUUUGAUGAACAUGCCAUCAGCCGUCAGAUUAAAGCUAUGAAAGUAGACACCGAGCCUCCAAGACGUGGCCGCAGGUCAAAUGUCCUGAAGGUUGCCAUGACGUUUCCCACCAAGAAGGACAGGAAGAGACCAGCAUCGGAGCCGCUGCCUCAGCCCAAAAGGCUGAACUCCGACUCUGAGGAGGAGCAGGAGGUGAACUUCAUGGAUAAGAGAGCCAUGAACAUCAGGGAGAACAAAGAGAUGCUUGCGAAGCUGAUGGCCGAGCUGAACAAAGUCAACGGGCUCCUCCCAGGACGGCGCAUGGCGAUGUCUGCGUCGACUACGCCCCGACAGGCGCCCCGCCGGGCCCCGAGAACCCCGGGAGCUUUCAGGAGGAACCCUGAGCGGCAGUCCCGCCCCCACACGCGCUCCCGCUCGCUGGUGGACGGCCCCCCCACCCCGCCUUCCGAGGAAGAGUCUGACGACAAGUUCAGCCUGGUCCGCAAGAGUCCCUACUACGAGGAAGUCGACGAAGCCCCGCGCCGCCGCGUAUUCAGCGGCGCCAAGGCCAUCGAGCACGUGGUGCGGCCGGUGGAGGAGGUCACCGAGGCGGAGCUGCGGAACAUCUGCAACAACGUGCGGGAGAAGGUCUACAACAGCGUGACGGGGAGCACCUGCCACCAGUGCCGCCAGAAGACCACCGACACCAAAACCAACUGCCGGAACCCGGACUGCGUGGGCGUGCGGGGCCAGUUCUGCGGCCCCUGUCUACGCAACCGCUACGGAGAAGAAGUCCAGGACGCCCUUCUGAAUCCGGACUGGCGGUGCCCGCCGUGCAGGGGCAUCUGCAACUGCAGCUUCUGCCGCGCCCGGGAGGGCCGCUGCGCCACGGGGGUGCUGGUGUACCUGGCCAAGUUCCACGGCUACGACAACGUGCACGCUUACCUGAAGAGCCUGAAAAAGGAGCUGGAGGAGGAGAGCAGCCGGGGGGGCCACGAGUAAGCAGCUGGACCGGAGCACAGCCCCGCCGUUUGUCAGUCUCCGUUCCUGUAUUAGGGGUUUUAUUUUGACCGCGGACUGACGUCACCGACGGGCACGCGGCCAGUUUUCUACUGUAUGUGUGUGUGUUCAUCCUUCAAACACACUAGAAGAGCUUAAAGAUCGCAUCAAGACAGAUUGGAGCAAAAUGGUUAUAGUAGAUCUUCUACAAUCUGGUGUUUCAUCCUGAGGUUGUUUAUAUCCUGUGCUUUUUAAAAGUUUUUUUGUUUCUCGCUGCAAAAAAAAGAAAGAAAAAGAAUGCUUUGUUAGAUCAUCUGUAAUAUACAUUGUUUUAAAUGUAUUGAUUUCUUUUCCUAAAUUGCCCUCUUGGAAAAUGAAUCGGCCAUGAGGGCGGAGUCCAUUUGUGCCUUUUUGCUAGUUGCAAAUUAAUGCUUGUGUUUUUACAAGUUUUGUUCAAAUAAAAAACUAGUUUACCUGUUCUGCACAGUAGAAAUAGCCCAGUGAUCUGCCUGCCACGAGGGGGGAGGGGAUGCAGGUGGAAAGGGCAUAGACCGAGGUCCACUGCCUCCCUCUUCUAAACCGAGAGGAGCCGUGAUAUACUACAGCGCCUGGUUAAAUAUCCUUCAUUAGAUAACUGUCACUAAUGGUGUGGAAACAAUUAGCAGACUCUAAUGGGAAUCUCAUACCUGUAAAUCAUUUUAUCCUGUUCAAGCACAUUCUCGCUCUGCUCCAGUCUCUUUGGCUCAUUUUCCACCUAACACUGUUAAGUAGGAAUGGUUGAAGGUGCCGCUGGAGUGGCAGCAGAGUUAUGGCCUGCAUUUUCUGUUCACAAGUGUUAUCCUCUAUAUGAAAUGACAUGAAAUUGACCUCUUUUUCUGUUCGACUUUGCAAUGUUCUUCAUUUGACCCGUGGAACAAAAUGCGUGAUCUUACAGAACUGUUUUGAAGCGUAAUCAGUUGCAGUUGGAGGUUAUCACCCUGCUCAUCGUGUUUACUCAGUUUUGUUAAAGGAACCUUUUUUCCCCCCUCCCUCAUAGCUGUAGGUUUUCAUUAAAGCGUUAAUCACUGCAGAAUCAUGUCAGCGUUGUUCUUUGAUUCAACCAUCGCCCUCUCCAGAACAGUGGCAGCUGUAAUUACUGUUAUUUAAACAUGGAGGACAAAUCCUGGCUGACGGCGUUGGAGAAGAUGUGAACGCCGAACAUUUCUCUCUUCCCGUUAAUGCUGGUAGGGUAGAGCCACUUUAAGGUUAUGCUCACAUUCCUUCAGAAGGUGAAGCUUAACAAAGCCGACAUCAUCCUACAGGGCUGUCACAGCCGCUGCACAGUGAGGACGUUUAGGUUGUCAGUCAGCGGCCUGCACAAGCUCGAAUGGGUCAGAUAAUCACCAUUUACAGCUGCAAUAAUGCAGCAACACAAAUCAAAAUAUACAUGUAACAGAGCCACUUAAG